AUGGCAUUUCGCAAAAGAAGUUUAAGGAUAUUAGAUUUGUCGCCCUCCAACAUACCUAAGUAUUUAAAUACAGAUCCUAGAUUACAAAAAGUCUUAAUAAAAAUAUAUGUUAUUUUUUCCGUCAACUCAAAGUUCAAGCUCAAGAAGGAUAUUGUAGUCAACUUAAUAUUGAAGAUAUACCAUCAACAUCCAAGUCAAGUAGUAUGUUAUCAACUCAAAGUUCAAGCUCAAGAAGGAUAUUGUAGUCAACUUAAUAUUGAAGAUAUACCAUCAACAUCUCAGUCAAUAGGGGUUAACACUAAUCCUACCAAUCAGGCUUUGGAACUUGCAAAUUCGAAAGAAAAAAUGAAACUUUUAAAUGAACAAGUAGCUGAACUUCUUCAGAUAAAAUCAGCAGUAGAGAAACUUUUUACACCGAGACAAUUAAAACGUUUGCAAAACCCAUAA